UACACAAUUUCCUCAGAUAAAUCUGUUUAUUACUCUAGAAGUGGGAGUUCUUCAGGUAUAAUGGUUUCUAUAGAGAGUCCCAUUGGUUUUUCCAUUUCAAAAACUAAUUCUGAGAACACCAUGAACCCUCACUCUAUUAUUUUGCAAAUACAAUCUGAAGAAGCAUUCACUAAUUAUGCUACUACAACAGAGACAUCUUCAAAAUUUAAACUGGCAGACAAUAAUGAUUCUACUAAUGUUGGAAACAUACAAAUUGAAACUAUUAUCCAAGGUUCUGGUUCUGAUUUUGUGACGAUGUCUGGGGCAACAGUAUUGUUCUUUUUCAUCGUGCAGCUAUUUGGCAUGUUCUAG